AUGUCUCUAUCUUCAGCAAAUGAAUAUGUACUUCAGGCAAUCAUGGGAAAUCUUUUGUCAUUAAAGUAUUGUAUUCCAGAGCUCACAUUAGUAAUGAAUAGUCAAAGGCCAAAAGGUUCAGGCCGUUUUGGUUUUUCAGACAUUUUUAUUUUAAGUUAUAAAGGAAAUAAUAAUGUUAUUUUAGAAUUAAAGUAUAUUUCAUUAGUUGGCCUUAUGAAUGGUAUGCAGAAAAAUAAUCUUGGUGCAAAUGAACUUGAAAAGCUAGACAAAAUACUUGAAAAGGAAGAUGAAGAAUCUAUAUUAAAAAGACCAUAUACAUAUUGGUCAAAAGAAGAUAAAAAAACAAAACUAACAACUAUAGGUGAUAUAUUAAAUAAUGGGAUGAAUCAAUUAAAUUCAUAUGAAAACAAUUUCAAAAGGAAAAGCAACCAGUAA